AUGGUUGACAUGAAGGACAAGACCGAGCAGCAGGAGCAGCCACAGAUCCACAAGAUCAGAAUGACCUUGACCUCCACCAAGGUCAGAGAGUUGGAGGACGUGUCUGCCAACAUCGUCAAGAACGCUCAGUCCUUCCACCUGGUCAUGAAGGGCCCAGUCAGAGUCCCAACCAAGGUCUUGAAGAUCUGCACCAGAAAGGCCCCUAACGGUGAGGGUUCCAAGACCUGGGACACUUACGAGAUGAGAAUCCACAAGAGAUACAUCGACUUGCAGGCUGCCGCUCAGGUCGCCAAGAGAAUCACCCAGUUGGCCAUCCAGCCAGGUGUCGACAUCGAGGUCACCAUCGCUGCUUAA